AUGGGAGACUGGAGUAUGCGUAGUAUCGACAAAUUUUUUCGUAUCAUCAUUAAGUUAUUAUUUAUUAACGACGCAGGAGACAGAAAUACAUGGAGAAGAUGUUUGACAACUGCAACGUGUGUUGAGCCCAAGGGUCCUAGUCUCAAAACUGAAAUUCCUGGACCCGCUUCUCGACAGUUGUUUAAUGAACUCAAUAAAUUUCAGCAAGCAGCAACAGUCCAACUGUUUGCAGACUAUGACAAAUCAUCAGGAAAUUACAUGGUAGACGUUGACGGGAAUACACUAUUGGACGUCUACAUGCAAAUAUCAUCAGUACCUCUGGGUUACAACCACCCGGCAAUGCUGGAAGCUCUUUCGGAUCCUCAUAACCAAAGGGCAAUCGUCAACAGACCAGCUCUGGGUGUCUAUCCGGGUGCUGAUUGGCCAAAAAAACUCAAGGAUGUGCUAUUUAGGCCUGGAGUCGCUCCCAAAGGCCUUGGAAACAUUACAACUAUGAUGUGCGGCUCGUGUUCCAAUGAAAAUGCAUUUAAAAAUAUUUUUAUGUGGUACGCUGAGAAAAAUCGAGGCGGCAAGCCUUUUACCAAAGAAGAAAUGGAAUCUUGUAUGGUGAAUCAAAUUCCUGGCUCGCCAAAAUACUCAAUUAUGUCAUUCCAAGGAGCAUUCCAUGGGAGAACUCUCGGUUGUUUGUCAACAACACACAUCGCUGGAAUAAUAAUUGAACCAAUACAAGCAGAAGGCGGUGACAAUCAUGCUUCACCCGAAUUCUUCCAACAAUUACAAAAAUUAACUAAAAAAUACGGAAUCGCAUUAUUAAUUGAUGAAGUACAGACCGGUGGUGGUCCAACUGGUAAAAUGUGGUGUCAUGAACAUUUCAAUCUUCCAUCUCCACCAGAUGCUGUUACUUUCAGUAAAAAAAUGCAAUUAGGUGGUUAUUAUCAUACUGCCGAAUUGAGACCCAAUCAAGGAUACAGAGUCUUCAAUACAUGGAUGGGUGACCCCAGCAAAUUAAUAAUGUUGGAAGCUAUCGUAAAUAUUAUUCAAAGAGAUAAUUUAUUGGAGAAAGUUUCAAAAGUUGGGGAGUAUACUCUAGAUAAUCUUAAAAAAAUCGAGAAAGAAUUUUCGACGGUAAUUAAUUCAUCUAGAGGUCGAGGUACUUUUAUUGCUUUCAACGGAGCUACGCCUCAAAUACGUGAUCAGAUUGUUAAGAAGCUUUUGGCUAAAGGCAUCCAAGCUGGUGGAUGUGGCGCAAAUGCAGUUAGAUUAAGACCAGCUUUGACAUUUGAUCGUUUACACGCUGACAUCUUUUUGGAUGCAUUGCGUAAAGUUCUCAAAGAAUAA